AUGUCUAGCCAGUACACUCUGAACAGCUCUCUCAAAAACACAACAUCCAAAUAUAAUGAUAAUUUAGUUACAAGAAACAAUGGAAAAAUUAUUAAGAAAAUAACAACUGUCAAGAAAACCAUCCUAUUCAAGAGAUCAAUACCAAUCAGCAGCAGAAAAGCAGAUAUAACACAGGAAAUGAAUAUCUUGAACCACAAAUACCUGAAGUUCAUAAGUGUGCUAGAAUCAGAUAUAACUGAUAUUAGCAUAGAAGGAAACUUUUCAGAUAUUAAGAAUAUGGCAAAGUAUUAUUUACACUUGACCAAAGUGGAAGAGCCAACAGGAGAACCAAACAUCAUGACUAUUUUCAGUAAUUAUACAGAUGCCGAGGAAGCAUACACAUAUCCAAUCUCAGAGUUUGAAAACUUCAAAUCAAAAUUAGCACUGAUGCUCUACAUAUAUGAAACCAAUCGCAAAUCAGUCAGAAUCUGGAAUAUCCUCCAACACUUUUUCAAGAAAGAUAUUAUAACAGGAUCCAUCAAAUUUGAUCCUAUUGAAUAUAUCCAGAUGCAGACAACAGGACCAUACAAGUCAGCAGUAGUAAUCUUUACUUAUCAAUUGGACUAUGACACAGCUAUAAACGAUUGA